UGCGAGGAAUUCGCCUCGAAGGGAUGCAAAGUCUACGCCACUGCGCGCAGACUCGAAGCCAUGGAGGGCUUCAAGCAGCCAAACAUCGAGCGUCGUGCUCUUGACGUGACCAAUGACGCAAAUGUCAAUGAAGUCGUUGCUAGUGUCAUUGAGCGCGAAGGGCGCAUCGACAUCGUUAUCAACAAUGCGGGCUCGAUGUGCCACGGCCCGACAUUGGACAACUCGAUCGAAGACAUUGCCGCCGUCUUCAACACCAACACCCUGUCCAUCAUUCGCGUCUGCAAAGCCGCCGUGCCUUACAUGGUCAAGCGCAAGCGCGGACUCAUAGUAAACAUCGGCUCUAUCGUCGGCGAGAUCCCGACGCCCUGGUCCGGGCCCUACUCCGCCUCCAAAGCCGCCGUCGCCUCCUUCUCCCAGACGCUCUCGAUGGAGCUUCGUCCAUUCGGGCUGAAGGUCCUCCACUACUCACCAGGCGGGGUGCGCUCCAACAUCGCGGCGAACGGCGCACCGCGCGUGCCGCUCCCACCCGACAGCCUCUGGGCAGCCUACCGCGAUGCGAUCCUCACGCGUGUCAUGGCCAGCGCGGGCGGGCGGAGUGUGUCGUGCGAGGCGUUCGCGCGGGACGUCGUGAGGGAGUCGCUCAGGGAGGGCUGGUCUGUGGGCAGCUAUCGCGCGGUGAUGACCGCGCCGCCGGCGGGGCUGUAUAAGGUGCUGGUGUGGCUGCCGAGGAGCUUGGUCCUUUGGAUUUUGUGGAAGGUGGUUGGAGGGAAGCCAAAGGGGAGUUGA